CGACUCCUGAUUUGUUUACAAAUGUGUUAAAGUCGGUAAUACUUUAGUCUGGUAUAUCCGAUUAAGUUAGUUCUUCAUAUUUAACUUUUAAGUGAUAGCGUAUCAUUAAAAGUCAUGUCGAAAAAAGAAGCUGAAGCUCCUGUGGAAUUAGAAUGUCAAUUUAUUCUUCGCUUACCAGAGGAGCCAGGAAGAGUGCUUCGUGAAAUGCUUAGAAGUGGAACCACAAGUCUUAAAGAUAGAUUUACUAUAAAACUGGAGAAUGAUGUUAGGUAUGGUGAAGUGAAAGUUGAUAACUGGCAUCUACAUGCCAAGGUUGUAGAUUUACCUACAAUUGUAGAAUCAUUAAAGACUAUUGACAACAAAAGUUUUUAUAAAACUGCAGACAUCUGUCAGAUUAUGAUUUGCAAAGAAGAAGAUGAUCAAGUUACCACUGAUGAAGAGUCACCUACUAAGCACAAAAAAAAAGAUCCUAAUAAAGUUGAAAAAAAAUUUCUUUGGCCUCAUGGAAUCACUCCUCCAUUGAAAAAUGUCAGAAAGAGAAGGUUUAGGAAAACUCUUAAAAAAAAGUAUGUUGAAGCUCCAGAAGUUGAAAAAGAGGUAAAAAGAUUGUUGAGAGGAGAUAAUGAUGCAGUAAGUGUCAAAUGGGAAGUCAUUACAGAAGAGGAAGAGAAAAAAGUUCACAUUAAGGAGGAACCUUUAGGGCCUGAUGAAAGUCAGGAUACUUCAGCCAAUAACACCCAAAAUACACUAGCUGAACAUGACAUAUUUGGAGAAGCACUUUCUGAUUCGGAAGAUGAAGAACCUCAUUUAAAUCUUGUAGAAAUUGAGGAGAAUUCAAGGUUGUCUGCUGAUGAUUCUAGAAUAUCAGAUUCAAUGUCUUUACAAAUGUCUGAUAGGGGAGAAAGAAGCGAUGAAAGGCUUGUCACUGAAUUUACAGGCUCAAUGUUUCCUGUUAAGACAGAACCUGAAGAUGAUCGGGAUUAUAUGAGGGGCACUAAGGAAGGGCUCACAAAUGAAGAUAUACAAGCUCGUCUUGAUGAACUCAGAAGUGAAUUAAAUGAAUUAAGAGUUAGAAGGAGUCAACAAGAAAUGGAAGUAGCUAAUAUAGAGAAUAUUGCUCUUCGUCAAAGGUUUCAAGAGAUCUUAGAUGGACUUAUACAGGAACAAUUGGAUAAAGAACAAGAGGUAUUACUUGUUUUUAUUUACUAUUGUUUAUUAAUACAGAGAAAUGUAUUUUCAUAUUUUUUAUUUUCUAUUUCAGUUUCAGGAAUUAUCUCAACUUCUCAUGUAAAGCCAAGGAAUAUAUUAGCAAAAUCAUGUAUAUUUUAUGUUUACAAAAAAAUAAAAUAAUUAAAAAAAAAACAUAUAUUUGUAAAUUAUAUUUUAAAAUUGUUGUGUAACUAUAAUAAAUAUUAAAUGUUUUUAAACAAAUUCUUAUAUUAUGUUAACUUUUUGUGUAUUCUGAAGUCAUUAAGGGAAAUAAUUUUUUAAUGUAGAUAUUUAUGUUUUCAUCUGAUGGAAGAGCUAGUUGAUUGUUAUUAAUUAGGUUCAUAAUUUCAUUUCUUUUUUUAUUCAGUUUAAACAUUUUCUCUGACAUAUUAUACAUAUCUUUUGUUUUUUCUUCAUGGGCAAUUAAUGUAAUAAUUCGUCUUAAAGCUAUAUCAGCAAUAUGUUUAGGGUUGUUAUUUAUUUUCGAAGAUCCUUUAUCAAUCUCCACUUCUACCGGUACAAUUGCAGAGUUGAGUAAAAUUUUAAUGGCAUCUAAAUGUUGCUCUAUAUUUUCUUCACCACUUACUGUAAUUGUAUUUUUUUCCCAACUAUUAUAAUAAACAGGAACUUCCAUUUUUUCAUUAACGUUUAGAAGCUGAUUUGUUGGAAGAGAGUGAUCUCUAUUAUAAUUACGCAUUAAGCAUGUUAUUAGUGAUGUUUGAACAUAAACCUGACAAAAUUUUAUUCUAUAUUUCUGGGCAAGUUUAUAGAAGACAAAACGCAUACUAUGAUAAAACAUGUUGUCAUCUAAAAUAAUUAACAAACUAUGAAUAGGUAGUUUACUAUUCAAAAAAUUGGUUAUUGCAUCCUCCACAGAUAACAAGAUACUGUUUCUUUCUUCUUUCCAAACAGUUUUUUCCAAGUCCCACCUAAUCAAAUCAUCAUAACAAAAGUGUAUAACAUCAGUAAAAUUUAACUUAUUUUUUGCUAUAAGGGAAGCUAAGUAUGUUUUGCCAGAUGCUGGAAGUCCUAUUAAACACAAAAUUGAUAUCUCAGGAUAAGCCAUAAUUAUUUAAUUAACAGGAACUUCAUUUGUUUUCACUUCUUCCUCAUUAGAUGGUUGAUUAUUCAUGCUACUAAGUUCAUUCAUUCUUCUUUGUAUUAUUUCUGGCUGUAUUUCAACAUAAACCUCCAUCAGUUUAUGAUUUAAUCCCAAAUACUUAGUGACACAUCUGUCUAAGCACUGGAUCUGAA